GCAGAACGUGUGCACAGUGCUACAGACCACCGAUCCAGAAGCCAACAACAGACUCAAGAAGCAGGCUUUGAAGGCUUUAUUUCCCAGCCCCAACAGAACCAUGUUGAGUAAAGAUCCUCCAGACAUUGAGAACAUCCUGGCUCUGAAUCCCAGGGUAAAAACUCAUGCUGAGAUCGUGUCCACAGCAGACAAGAAGAAAGAAAAGAAACACUGGAAGAGAAACCCUGAACGGAACUGUGGUUCUUGUUUGAAGCUAGAGAACAAUUUUGAUGAUAUCAAACACACAACACUGAGCGAGCGUGGAGCUCUGCGAGAAGCACUGAGAUGUCUAAAAUGCGCAGAUGCUCCCUGCCAGAAGAGUUGCCCAACCAAUAUGGACAUCAAGUCAUUUAUUACAAGUAUUUCUAACAAGAACUACUAUGGGGCAGCGCGAGCCAUCCUAUCUGACAACCCCCUGGGUUUAACCUGUGGAAUGGUUUGUCCAACAUCAGACCUGUGUGUAGGAGGCUGCAACCUGUAUGCCUCUGAGGAAGGACCUAUUAACAUCGGAGGCUUGCAACAGUUUGCAACUGAGGUGUUUAGUAAGAUGGGCAUUGCUCAAAUAAGGAAUCCAGAACUCCCACCAGCCAGCGAGAUGCCAGAGUCUUACAACAGCCCUAUUGCUCUGAUUGGCUGUGGCCCCGCAUCAAUCAGCUGUGCAUCUUUCCUGGCCCGUCUUGGAUAUAAUAAUAUUACUAUAUUUGAGAGACAGAAGUACACUGGAGGACUUAGCACAUCAGAAAUCCCUCAGUUCCGGCUGCCCUACAAUGUGGUCCAGUUUGAAAUAGAGCUGAUGAAAGACCUGGGAGUAAAGGUGGUGUGUGAGAAGGGUCUGGGUGUUAACGGUAUGACUCUGACAUCCCUGAAAGAGGAAGGAUUUAAGGCUGUCUUCAUUGGGAUUGGUCUUCCUCAGGCCAACAGAACUAAAAUCUUCGAGGGUUUAACCAUGGAUCAAGGCUUCUUCACUUCUAAAGACUUUUUACCCAUGGUGGCUUCAGCCAGCAAGCAAGGCAUGUGUGCGUGUCGCCCUUCUCUGCCAGAGUUAAGAGGUGUAGUGAUUGUUUUGGGGGCUGGUGACACUGCAUUUGACUGCGCCACCUCAGCUCUUCGCUGUGGAGCCAAGAGAGUGUACGUCUGCUUCAGGAAGGGGUUCACUAACAUCAGAGCUGUUCCUGAAGAGAUGGACCUGGCUAAGGAGGAGCAGUGUGAGUUCCUGCCCUUUCUGUCUCCUCGGGAGAUCAUCAUGAAGAAUGGCCGGGUUGCCGGGUUAAAGUUCUGUCGCACCGAGCAAACUGAGGAAGGUGAUUGGCUGGAGGAUGAGGACCAAACUGUCAGGCUGAAGGCUGACUACAUCAUCAGUGCCUUUGGUUCCAUGCUCAAUGAGCCACAAGUGACAGAAUCCAUGGCUCCUGUGAAGAUGACAACCUGGGGUACCCCAGAGGUGAACACAGAUACCAUGCAGACUAGUGAGCCCUGGGUGUUUGCAGGAGGAGAUGUUGUGGGUUUGGCAAACACCACCGUCGAAUCAGUGAAUGAUGGCAAACAGGCUUCAUGGCAUAUUCACAGAUACAUACAGUCCCUACAUGGACAAACAGUGGACCCAGUCCCUAAGCUGCCAUUGUUCUACAGUGCUAUAGAUCAGGUGGACAUCAGCACUGAGGUUUGUGGAAUAAAGUUUCCCAACCCAUUUGGCCUGGCCUCUGCGACUCCCACCACUAGCAUGCCUAUGAUCAGAAGAGCUUUUGAGCAAGGAUGGGGCUUCGCUGUGACUAAGACAUUUUCACUGAAUAAGGAUCUGGUGACCAACGUGUCUCCUCGUAUUGUGCGUGGCACUACUUCUGGUCAUGUGUAUGGACCAGGUCAAGGUUCUUUCCUCAACAUUGAGCUCAUCAGUGAGAAGACAGCAGCCUACUGGUGUCAGUCAGUUGCUGAGCUGAAGAAGGACUUCCCCAACAAUGUGGUGAUUUCAAGUAUAAUGUGUAGCUACAACAAGCAAGACUGGACUGAACUAGCCAAGAUGGCUGAGGAAUCAGGAGCAGAUGCACUGGAGUUAAAUCUGUCUUGUCCUCAUGGGAUGGGAGAGAGAGGCAUGGGACUGGCCUGUGGACAGGACCCAGUGCUGGUACGUAACAUAUGUCUCUGGGUGCGAGCGGCUGUUUCCAUUCCAUUUUUUGCCAAACUAACGCCAAAUGUUACCAAUAUUGCUGACAUUGCCAGGGCUGCUUAUGAAGGUAAAGCGGAUGGAGUCACCGCCACCAACACAGUCUCAGGUAUUAUGGGACUGAGGGCAGAUGGCUCCCCAUGGCCAUAUGUUGGAAUCAACAAACGCAGCACAUAUGGAGGGGUGUCUGGUAAUGCCAUCAGACCCAUCGUCCUCAGAGCAAUAUCGGCCAUCGCCAAAGCAGUUCCUGGUUUCCCUAUUCUGGCCACCGGCGGUAUUGACUCUGCAGAGAGUGGACUACAGUUUCUCCAUGUUGGGGCGUCAUUGUUACAGGUGUGCAGUGCAAUUCAGAACCAGGACUUCACAGUGAUUGAGGAUUAUUGUGUUGGUCUCAAAGCCUUGUUAUACCUGAAGAGCUUGGAGCUGAAAGACUGGGACGGUCAGUCUCCUCCAUCAGAGAGACACCAGAAAGGAAAACCAGUUCCCAGACUGGAAGAUCUGGUUGGAAAGAGCCUUCCUAGCUUUGGUCCGUACCUCCAGCAGAAGACAGAAGCCAUUGCAAAGUACAAGAAACAGCUUAGAGAUGCUGGUAAAACUGACGUGAUUGAAGCCAACAUCACUCGGGUCAACAUGGCCAAAAAACCAGUACCUGCUGUCAAGGAUGUCAUUGCCAGAGCAUUGAAGCACAUUGGAGCAUUCCAGGAACUCAACAUCAUGGAGCAGGUUCAGGUAGAAAUAGAUGAAGAGAUGUGUAUCAACUGUGGUAAAUGUUACAUGACCUGCAACGACUCUGGAUACCAGGCCAUAACAUUUGAUCCAGAGACCCACCUUCCCUAUGUGACUGACAAGUGUACGGGCUGCACUCUGUGCCUCAGCAUCUGUCCCAUCAUAGACUGCAUCAAGAUGGUACCCAGGACAACACCCUACAAACCCAUCAGGGGUGUACCCAUUAGUCCUUUCUGCUAAAAAGAAAUUUGAUAAUGAGAUCAGAUAUUCUAAAAUAUUAUUUUAAGCUUUUUUGCCCUGAUCCAAAUGGUUUUUAUUAGGUGUCACCAAUACUGAAUCCGAUGUGCUAAUUAAAUUUACCCAAUUAGUGUCUUCCAAAGUUUCCUGCUCUAGAGAUCGGUAGAGAGGAGGAGCUGGUCAGUCCAGCUUGUUCUUAACAAUUCUUUAAAAUUAGCACCAUGUAGGCUAGUGGUUAAGGCACAGCACUCUCGCCGCUGUGGCCAGGUUCGAGUCAGGGUUGCGUCAGGAAGGGCA